CUGGUGCUGGUGUUGUUCCUCUUGUCCGUCCAGCAGUGUGUGUCUCCUCAUUCUGCUGCUGGUCCUCUGAGGGGUGUGUGUGACUCUUCCUCCUCCUCCACUUCUCUCCUGAUGGAGGAGAAACUGAAAGACUCUCCGUUCUCCAUCCAGAACCUGCUGAGCAGGCCGGAGCGCCCGCCGAUGCCCGUCUGCAGAGUGCCGGAGCUGGGCUUCCUGCGGCUGGGGCCCUGGUGCUGCGCUGGAGCCCCGGAGACGCCCGCCGGCAUGCGCAGGGCCCCCGCAGACACACUGCAGCCGGACUGUGCGGCCCCGGGGCCCAGCGCUGAGGAUGAGGAUGAUGAUGAAGAAGCUCCGCUGGAGGACAGUGACUGUGAGGAGGCUCGAGCGCAGGUGAAGAAGCUCUGCCGGAAGAAGAAGACUCGCACCGUGUUCUCGCGAGAGGAUCUGUCAGUGCGGGUUUGA